GGACAAUUGACUGUCCGUUUGCUUGCUUUACUUUUUGUUUUAAAACCAUUUACACACACACACGAACGUAAAACCCACAAACACACACAAACAUAACAUCGUCAUCAUAAUAUCAUAUAUUACUAGAUUUUAUUUUUCUUAAAAUUCAAUGGCAAAUGUUAGCUACCUUCAUUUCGACCAAAACGACGACGUUUACCCUCAAGAUCUUGAGGAUUUCAAUCUUCCCUCGCAACACUUGCUUUCCCGCCCUCAAAGACAUCGUUCCGAUCCAUACCCGACCCGUUUCAAUCAGGUGAAUCAUGACUUAAUUCAAUCUGAUAUUAGGAUUUUUGAAAGAAUUCAUCAUAACAAUAUUAAUAAUGAUAAUAUUACUAGUGGUGAUGAUUAUGAUAUGAAUUUAAUUGAAUUUGAUAUGGGUUUUGGGUUAUGUAAUUAUUAUGAUAAUGAUGGUGAUUGCGAAAUUUGCCCGCAAAAUGUUGAACUAAAUUUGACUGAUUCUGAUUAUAAUAUUGAAAAUGGGGAGGAUUAUGAUUUUGGUAUGAAUGAGGUUUGUGAGGAUAUUGAUGAAGGGAAUCUUAUGCUCUCUUGGUCUACUUUUCGUAUCGAUGAUAACGACAAUGAUAAUAAUCGUGUUGGAGGGGAUGUGGACGUGGAUAUACGUCAACAGUAUUUGGAGUGGGAGCAAGUGGAUGGUGGGAUAGACGAAAGGGGGGAAUUGUUGGACGUGUUUAUAGCUCCAGAAGAUGAGAAUCGGGAUCGUGUGACCAGGGGUGAGGAUUUGGGGUGGGAGGUUUUUUUGGAUUUUAAUGAUAUUGAAGGGGUUGCGGGUGUUUUAGAAGAGCGGUUUGAAGGUGAUGAUGAUGAGGAGAACGAGAUGUUGUUUAGGCAGUUUGUGGAAAACGGUGAUUUGGGUUUGGUUAGACCACCGGCUUCUAAAAGAGUGGUUGAAAAGCUUUUGAACGUGGUGAUGACGAGUGAAGAUAAUGAUGCGGUUUGUGCUGUUUGUAAGGAUGAGAUUGGUGUAGGUGAAGUGGUGAAACGGCUUCCUUGUAGUCAUUUUUACCAUGGUGAUUGCAUUGUUCCUUGGUUGUGUAUACAGAAUACUUGUCCUGUUUGUCGUUAUGAGCUUCCAACUGAUGAUCUUGGUUAUGAACGUAGGAAAGUGGAAAGGGUUGUGAGUGGUAUAUGAAUAGUGACAGUUAGUAGUUUGGUUUUGAGUUUAUAUAGUUUCAAGUUUAUGAAAUGUAUAUAUUAUCCUUUGCAGUGAGUUAUGUAAUGAUUGAAGGGAUAUUUGUAUGUUGGUUCUUUAAAUGAUUCUAUGAUAUGAUUGCUUAAUUUGCUAGGUUGC